ACAUUUCACUGCGAGGCCUGUAGUUACGUCAAUGUUAUUUCCGGUUUGUUUCAGCUGUUGCAGUAAUUUCAAUGCAAGUUCACAUAGCGUGUUAUAUCAGCAAUAUAAGGAUGAUAUAAACCAAAUCAAGAUCUUUAAACGACAAGUAAGACCGUAUUAUUGCAGCGACCCGUUAUGUUUUCCUUGUCAAUGUCCGUUCAACCACAGGUGACUGUACCCCUCAGCCACUUGAUAAAUGUUCUCCAGUCACUGAAGGGCUCAGUGGGCACCCGCACAUUUGCUACAAGUAGAACAACAAAAAACAAAGAGUAUGCUACAGAUGCAGACCAGCCCCAUAAAGAGCCACUAUGGAACCUGCGUGACUUGGGCUUGUCAGAUCUUGGGAAGCAGCAAUUGGAUGAACUGGUGAAUGGUGUUUUUCUGCACAUCAAACCCCAAGAAAUGUCUCUGUCCUUAGGUCACAUGGGUCAAAGUGCAUGGAGGACCUCUCAUCUCUCAACCCACUCUUUUUACCACAAUAAGCAUGGCUUUCCACAUGUUCCUGUAUCAAUGCCAUUUUUUGCCAAGCAUUCCUCUCUUUUUCAGUCAGAACUACAGAACUGGCCAGUAUGGGUCCAGAGCAGAGGCUUUAAGACCUUAAGGAACAAAACCAGACGUCUGCAGUCAGGUUUCGAUCGACCAAUUGAGCCAGAGGGAUUUACCCCUUCUUUUAUGAAGAGCUUCUUAACCCGGGAAAAAGUGGCAGAUGUGGAGAGUCUGGACAGUCUACUAAAGAACAAGAACAUCCCGGAUGGGCAGCAGGAAUCAUUCAAAAGGGGGUUUGCCGAAGGUUUCCUCAAAGCACAAGCUCUGACACAGCGCACCCAAGAUUCUUUAAGGAGGACUCGUCUCAUCUUGUUGGUGCUGCUUCUUGUUGGGAUUUAUGGCAUCUCAAAGACACCUUUUUUAUCGGUACGGUUCCGAACCACAUCAGGACUGGACUCUGCUGUGGACCCGGUGCAGAUGAAAAAUGUGACCUUUGAACAUGUGAAAGGAGUCGAGGAAGCUAAAAAUGAACUUCAGGAAGUGGUGGAGUUCCUGAAAAACCCACAGAAGUUCACAGCUCUGGGAGGAAAGCUGCCUAAAGGCGUGCUGCUUGUGGGACCCCCAGGGACAGGAAAGACUCUCUUGGCCAGAGCAGUAGCUGGAGAGGCAGAGGUGCCCUUCUAUUAUGCCUCUGGAUCAGAGUUUGAUGAAAUGUUUGUUGGUGUGGGAGCCAGUCGCAUCAGGAAUCUUUUCAGGGAGGCCAAAGCCAAUGCACCUUGUGUGAUAUUUAUUGACGAGCUGGACAGUGUUGGAGGGAAAAGGAUUGAAUCUCCUAUGCACCCAUAUUCCAGACAGACAAUCAACCAACUACUUGCUGAAAUGGAUGGGUUCAAAACAAAUGAAGGUGUGAUUAUAAUUGGGGCUACAAACUUUCCUGAGGCUUUGGAUAAUGCACUGAUCAGACCAGGACGCUUUGAUAUGCAAGUGACUGUCCCCAAACCAGAUGUCAAAGGUCGCACAGAAAUACUCAACUGGUAUCUCAAAAAGAUUAAAGUGGAUCCAGCCAUUGAGGCCAGUAUUAUUGCCCGAGGCACAGUGGGCUUCUCAGGCGCUGACCUGGAAAAUUUGGUGAACCAGGCAGCCCUGAAGGCAGCAGUUGAUGAGAAAGAUAUGGUUACAAUGAAAGAGCUAGAGUUUGCUAAAGACAAAAUUCUCAUGGGCCCUGAAAGGAGGAGCGCAGAAAUUGACAAGAAAAACAAAGAAAUAACUGCAUAUCAUGAGUCAGGCCAUGCAAUUGUAGCAUAUUACACCAAAGAUGCUAUGCCAAUCAAUAAGGCUACCAUCAUGCCAAGAGGACCCAGCCUGGGACAUGUGUCCAUGCUCCCUGAGAAUGACCGCUGGAGUGAGACCCGCUCCCAGCUGUUGGCCCAGAUGGAUGUGAGCAUGGGCGGACGUGUAGCGGAGGAGAUGCAGUUUGGACCAGAAAACAUCACAACAGGAGCAUCUAGUGACUUUGAUGCUGCCACCAGGAUUGCAAGGAUGAUGGUGACCAGAUAUGGAAUGUGUGACAAGUUAGGCGUGAUGACCUAUAGGGACAUGACAGAGCAGAGCCCAGAGACACAAGCUGCUGUGGAGCAAGAAGUCAGGCAGCUUCUGAAGGAAUCUUAUGAACGUGCAAAAGCUCUUUUAAAGUUCCGCGUUAAAGAGCACAAAAGCCUGGCGGAUGCCCUGCUCAUGUACGAGACACUGGACGCCAAAGAAAUUAAGAUGGUUCUGGAGGGCAAGGCUCUUGAUGGCAGAUAAGACCAGACAGCACUGAUUGGACAACAGAAGACAAUAUCAGACAAAACCAUCUCACGUCAGUCAUCAAAAUAUUUAAUGCUUUCAUUGAAAAUGAAAGAAUAUUUUUCUGUCUUUCUCAGGUCACUUGGAAAGUGUUAGAAAAUAGUGAAUGUACAUUUACUCAAAUAUUAAGUUCGGGUCUGUGAUAUUCAGUUGUGACAUGUAGGUGCUUAUUGACAUCAGGACAGGUCUCCGUUUGGAUGUCAAAAACAUCUUACAUUAUCACUUCAAAUUUCAAAUCUUGCUGUAUUGAACUUCUACUAAAUCGUAUUAAGUUUCCACAAAAGGGAUAAAUUGCUGUCUGCAACAGAUUUGGGAAAUGCUUAUGGAUAUGCACUUAUGCACUCUAAUGUCAAUAGUGUAUUUUAAAGUUGUGUGUACACAACCUCGGAUUCAGGAGGAGCAGUGUGGUUUUCGUCCUGGUCGUGGAACACUGGACCAGCUCUAUACUCUCCAUCGGGUCCUCGAGGGCUCAUGGGAGUAUGCCCAACCAGUCCACAUGUGUUUUGUGGAUCUGGAGAAGGCAUUCGACCGUGUCCCUCGUGGUGUCCUUUGGGGGGUGCUCUGGGAGUAUGGGGUCCGGGGCUCUUUGCUAAGGGCUGUCCGGUCCCUGUAUGACCGGAGCAGGAGCUGUGUUCGCAUUGCCGGCAGUAAGUCAGACCUGUUCCCGGUGCAUGUUGGACUCCGCCAGGGCUGCCCUUUGUCACCGGUUCUGUUCAUUAUAUUUAUGGACAGAAUUUCUAGGCGCAGCCAGGGGCCGGAGGGGGCCUGGUUUGGGAACCACAGGAUUUCAUCUCUGCUGUUUGCAGAUGAUGUUGUCCUGAUGGCUUCUUCGAGCCAGGACCUGCAGCAGGCACUGGGGCGGUUUGCAGCCGAGUGUGAAGCGGCUGGGAUGAGAAUCAGCUCCUCCAAAUCUGAGGCCAUGGUUCUCGACCGGAAAAAGGUGGUUUGCUCUCUCCGGGUGGGUGGUGAGUCUCUGCCCCAAGUGGAGGAGUUCAAGUAUCUCGGGGUCUUGUUCACGAGUGAGGGAAGGAUGGAGCGGGAGAUUGACGGGCAGAUCGGUGCAGCGUCUGUAGUGAUGCGGUCGCUGUAUCGGUCCGUUGUGGUAAAGAAGGAGCUGAGCCGGAAGGCGAAGCUCUCGAUUUACCAGUCAAUCUACGUUCCUACCCUCACCUAUGGUCAUGAGCUCUGGGUAAUGACCGAAAGGACAAGAUCGCGGAUACAAGCGGCUGAAAUGGGCUUCCUCCGCAGAGUGGCCGGGCGCACCCUUAGGGAUAGGGUGAGGAGCUCGGUCACACGGGAGGAGCUUGGAGUAGAGCCGCUGCUCCUACACGUUGAGAGGAACCAGCUGAGGUGGCUCGGGCAUCUGCUCAGGAUGCCUCCUGGACGCCUCCCUAGGGAGGUGUUCUGGGCAUGUCCCACCGGGAGGAGGCCCCGGGGAAGACCCAGGACACGCUGGAGGGACUAUGUCUCUCGGCUGGCCUGGGAACGCCUUGGGGUCCCACCGGAGGAGCUGGAGGACGUGUCCGGGGUGAGGGAAGUCUGGGAGUCCCUGCUUAGACUGCUGCCCCCGCGACCCGGCCCCGGAUAAAGCGGAAGAAGAUGGAUGGAUGGAUGGAUGGAUGGAUAUUUCAAACUGCUGCUCAGACUCAAAAUUCUUCAGAAUUCAGUUAUGUGAAUUUAAUUCUCACAUCUAGAACCCUAUAUUUUUAUUGUUUGUGACAAUAUCAAGAAUUUUAUUGAUUGUCACCUGACAAUAUGUGAUAGAUUUUAGGAGAAAUGAUUGUUGGUGAACUGGAGCUGUGUACUUCCUUCAUGAUGUGGCUAUGGCUUUGUCAUUUUAUGCUAUUUUAACUGGGUCAAGUAUGAAUAAAUUUGACUGAAAUGUAAAAGGUAAGUGCAUUGAUGGUUCAUAUAUAAGGCAGGCUCUCUUCAAGGAUUCAGGAAGUAGGUUAUGAGUUAUUAGAGAAAUAAAAUACAAAUGAGUUAUCUGUUUAUUUACUAGUAGAGAGAUAACAGUAGUAAGAAUUGUAUUAUUAUACAUUUUCUAUUUUACUAAGAAAAAAAUACACAUAUCAACUUUGUAUUUUGCCUAUCUAAAAUUUAAGCCAAAUGUCCCCACAAGAGACAGAAACACAGGUAAGAACACCAAACCAUGCACUAGACCAAAUGAAAUGACAAGAAACACAAUUUUAAAGAAUGUCCUAAAUAUAUAACUCCCAGACAUGGACAGCACGACCACUCCUAAGAUGGUGGACAGUGCUCCCUGUAAUAUUGGAAAACCUAAUUGGGCCAAGGAG